AUGAAAUCUACUGCUCAAGCCAUGCCAUGGGUAGGGCUAUAUGUUGCUGUAGCAUCUCUCAUUUGCACUCUUGCCAUGGCUGCCGAUGUCUUCCAAGGUUUUCGGCAAGGCAAACUCUGGUUUCCAUGCAAAUUUUUCACCCUCAAUGCAGCUUCCAUCACAUUGAUUGCAAUAGCAAUGAAGUUACCGGUGGAUCUAACAACUAACAUGUCCGACGAUGAUGCUUUCAUCAACGAAAAUUGCAAGGAAAGGUCAAUCAGCGUCUAUUUCUUGUUGACCAUGUUAGCUAACUUUCUGCCUUCUUUAGGGGGCAUGGAUGACAAGGAACUUUUCACCAACAUCAUAGCCCUAACUAUUCUCAUCAUCACCAUUAUUGUAAAUAUGUCCAUUCAAUUAGCUGCUAGUCAUCAUAAUCGUGAAGUAUACGUGAUACAAAUGUCUAUCAUGACAUUUUUCCUUUUAUGGCCAUUUUGGGUAGCUUUUACAGUUCCAGCAUCUAGAAGAGUUAUACAACACCAGUACCAGGAGUUGCACAGAUCGGUUUUAGAUUGUCAAGAGAUAAAGUUCUCGUCCAAGGAACUCACACAUCAUGUUAAAAAGUACUGGAUGAUUGCGGAAACCGGUAACCCCCAAUUUGUGCUAGCUUCUUCACCCUUCUGUUCUGCUUCUGGCUUGGUAUGCUCUAUAAUUGCUGCACAAUCUAUUUUGAGCUUGAUAGGGAUGUUGGAAUAUACACCACAUUUUUGGGAUGGAAAAUCAGAUUAUAAGUGGUCAAUCAAUGUAAUUCUUACCAUACAAUAUGUUCGGAUGGUAGUAGGUAGCAUUGCACCAACUUUUAGAUGCAUCACUACUACCACUUAUUUCAACCUCUCCAAAGAGUGGAGCAUCAAUCAUAUAAACAUGUUUAGAGUCGAGAAACAUUGGACCCAAAGGCUUCGGCACUGGAAACGCAACCAUUAUACUUCACAUAUCCCAGGCCGCCAUUGCAAAAAAGUUUUCAAUCAUGUCAAAAACAUGAUUUUGAACCUUUGUAUAGCACUUCAGAUGACGCUUGUGGUUAUAUGUAAAACGAUAUGUCUCGUUCCCACAUGCAUCAUGCUCUUAUUCUGUUCUUGUUGCCAUUUCUGCAACUCAUUGUUGAAAAGGUUUAGAGAGGAACCAAAUGCAUCCAACAACAAUGCAAGAUCAGAGAUUAAAGAGUAUAUUGGUUAUGCUCUGCAAAUUGAAGAGGAGGCAAAGCUUUCAAAGAGAAUGUUGAAGAAUAUGCUGAAAUCUAUAACUAAACUUCUCUACCAAUCUGAAAAGAAACAACCAAGAAAUCUUGUGAAGUUUCUAGAGAAGCCUACAGGAUUCAACGGAGUAGCAGAGUUCGAUAAUGACCAAGUCCCACCUUUACAUCCGGAAGAAACCAACAAUUGUUGGAGCCUAAUAGCAAUAACAUUAACAGCCGUUGCCCUUGCACUUCCUAACAUUGAAAAUGGCCAAGUCAAGGGGUUACUUGCUAGCAUGAGCGAAGGCCUCCAAUUUGUUACACAUAUUGAGGAAACCCUCGAUGCAAAUGGUGACUUGGUAAAGGCUAGAAAAACAGCUAGACGUGUAUGGACUGAAGUCGAAGUCUAUUGCAGUUGGCUACAUAUUGAUCUUCAAAUGAAGGCUCAUAAAGGAAAAAUGUCGCAGGAGAUUCUUCAAUGGUUGAGUGAUGAAGCAAUACAGAUUGUGAUACAGUUCAAGCAAAAAAAAAAAGAUCUACUAUGCGCUUGCUUUACCAACUUACCACGAGUCAUAACUCUGAAGUGUCAUCACGAUGCAAUAGAGAAAAGGGAAGAGAGCAUCCGAACUGCAGCUCAGCUUCUUGGUAAAUCCAAAACGAUUCUAAAUAUCCUCGAAGGACGCCAACUUCCAGACUUGGAUCAGGAGUCAAUGGCAUACAUUGACAAGUGGCAGGCACUACCAAAGAGUCAGGUACCAAAUGGUCGUGCUUCAUCAGCAGGGAUUCAGUCGGCUUCUUCAAGUUCUAAUAAAUCGGUCACAAUAGCUAUUACGUAA